GAUGGUAAAUAUGAGCGACCUUCGACGUAGAAGCCGUUCACGGAAGUGUUCUCUUUAGGCGCUCGUGGGCCUGGGAAGAAAUCGGGUCCUGGCUCCUGGGAGCAAGAGCAUCCAGGGAAGGAGGAAGAAGACCCGGGACCCCAAGAUCAGCCUUUGACCGAAGACUGAGAUUCGGGGCAGCAGGUGGAGCAGACCUGGAGCACAUGCUGGGGAGCAGCUCGUGCGGCGGGUUCUGAGGCCUGGGCGUGAUGGAGGCCCCGCUGACCUUCGCCGAGGUCGCCGUGUGCUUCAGCCCAGAGGAGUGGCGGCUCCUGGCCCCCACGCAGAAGGCCCUGUACCGGGAGGUGAUGCUGGAGACCUACAGCCACCUGGUGUCCGUGGGUUACCAAGUCUGCCGACCUGACACGAUCUCCAGGGUGGAAGGAGGCGAAUUGCCAUGGACACCGGAAGUGGAAAUGCAGCAUUUUCCCGAAUUAGAAAUAGCAAAAGUUGAAGAUUGUUUGCCACAGCCGUCACAGCUUGGGAAUGUGGAGAACAAAGUACAGCAAUGCCAUGGACACAAUACAUACACAGAUGCUGUUCAGCAAAGCAGCAAUAAUUACUUGUUGAGAAAAAGUCACGGUAGGUUUGAUGUACAUACAAAAAGUAUGAAAUUAAGCUUAACUUCAGUUAAGCGGAGCAGAAGCUGUGAAAUAAAGAACGCUGCUAAUGGUAGUAGAGAGUCUAAUGGUAGUAGAAAGUCCUUUCUCCAUGCUAACCAUGGUGAGGGGCAGCCUGAAAUUUCCCUUCCUGAAAGCCAAAAACGUACCAGUAGGAAAUCACAAGUCCUCAAACACCGGAAAACUCAAAAAAUAAAAAAACCUCACGUGUGCCGGGAAUGUGGAAAAGCCUUCAGGAGGAAAUCUCUGCUCAGUGACCACUACAACCUUCACACAGGAGAGAAGCCUCAUCAGUGUGCUGUGUGUGGGAAAGCCUUUCGCAGGAAGGCCAUGCUCUCUGACCACCAGAGAACACAUACCGGAGAAAAAACUUAUGACUGUACUGACUGUGGUAAAAUCUUUCUCCACAUAUCAGCGCUCAACAGACAUCAGAAAACACAUACAGGGGAGAAACCACAUAAAUGCAGUGACUGUGGAAAAAGUUUCAACCAGAAGGGAAAUCUCGUUGUACAUCAGCGGAUUCAUACAGGAGAGAAACCUUAUAUAUGCAGUGAAUGUGGAGAAGGCUUCAUCCAGAAGACAUGCCUCAUAGCCCAUGAGAGAUUUCACACAGGGAAGACUCCAUUUGUGUGCAAUGUUUGUGGAAAAUACUUUUCUCAGAAGACAGGUCUCAUUAAUCAUGAAAGAAUUCACACAGGAGAGAAGCCCUAUGAAUGCAGGGAGUGUGGGAAAGCCUUCACCACAAAGCAAAAGCUCAUAGCCCACCAGCGAAGCCCUACGGGAGAGAUACCCUGUGUCUGCAGUGAGUGUGGCAAAGCGUUUGCCUACACGGCUUGUGUUGUGAAUCAUAGGCGAAUACAUCGAGAGAAAUACGUGCGUUCACUCAAGGUGGAAAAUCUUCCUGCUCAGAGGGACAGCCCACAAUGCUUUCCUCAGGAGACAGUUCUCACUAAUCAUGAAAGAAUUCCCACAGGAGAGAAGCCCUAUGAAUGCAGGGAGUGUGGGAAAGCCUUCACCACAAGGCAAAGUGUCACCGUCCAUCAAAGAGUUCACACAGGAGAGAGACCCUAUAUCUGCAGUGAGUGUGGAAAAUCCUAUACUACGAAGUAUACACUUAAUGUCCAUCGAAGUUCUCAUACAGGAGAGAGACCUUAUACCUGCAAUGAGUGUGGGAAAGCCUUCACUACAAAGUACCAGCUCAUCGUGCAUCAACGGAGCCCUACAGGAGAGACACCCUGUGUCUGUAGUGAGUGUGGCAAAGCUUUUGCCUAUGUGGCUUGUCUUGUGAAUCAUAGGCGAAUACAUCAAGAAGAAUAUGUACAUUUGGUCAAGGUGGAAACCCCUCCCUCAGAGAGGCACGGCACAUCCCAGACCAGCAUUGUCCUGAGGGAAAGAAACAUCGCCAGUUCCGCUUCUAUGCCAGUGUCUUCCAUGGCUCCUGAGACAUCAUUAAAUGUGCCUGAGCUCCUGGCAGAUAAGAGUGUGGUCCUAGUGGGCCAGCCUGUGGCCAAUGGCACAUCCUUGGGAGACAACAGCGGAUUUGCAUGGGACGGAAACCUUGCGGAUGCAGUGAAUGUGAUGGUGCCUUCAGGGUUCGAUUAUGUUUUAUGUUAUGUCGAAGAAAACCAGUAAGAAGGAACUUAGACCUCUUUGUGCGAAGCGGUGUGCUAAAGUUCCUAGGUCACAGUAUGUGAGAAGAAUAAACUCAGAGGAAUUGUGUAAAUGCAGCAUCUGAGAAAACCUGUAAUCACCAUAUUAAAUACAUGCAUUGGUACCAGUGGCAUGUGAUGUUAGUGCAAAUGUGCACACAGUUGCUCUGAUGUGUCAGUUCAAUGAAGGGAGCCUGAGUGAGUAGGUGAAGUAGGUGAGCUCUUAAAACAGGUAAGACUGGGCCUCCCCGGUGGCACAUCGGGUUAAGCACAGCGCUGUGAAGCUGUCUGCAGCCUCUGCAGUGCGGGUUCGAUUCCCAGCCAGCCAGGGAGAUACCCACAUGGUGUGGCAGACCUCUCCUGCCUUGCCUGCUGCUACCCUCAGCAGUGUCUUUCGUCCAUCUGCCUGUUCUGCUCCCCACUCUGUCUCUGGUGAAUCCUCUCACCCUCCUGCACCUCUGGCUUGUACCCCAGUUCUUGUAUAAACAAAAAUAAAUCUUUAAAAAAAAAAUAGGUAAUACCAUCUAAAUGCAAAACCACACAAUAAAGAUUUAUUUAUUUAUGCAUACAAGAUGGGUACAGGCCAGAGGUGUGGAGGUAAGAGGAUUCACCAGAGACAGAGUGGGGAACAGAAUAGGCAGACUGACUGAAACACACUGCUGAGGGGAGCAGCGGGUGAGUCAGGAGAGGUCUGCUGUGCCAAGUGGGGAUCAAACUCAUGUUGCAUUGGCUGCGAGUAGCCUCAUAGGUUACAUCUUAACCCCCUGCUCCACCAGGGAGGCCCACAAGGGCCAUUAUUGCAAUUGGGGGCUGGAAGAUGUGUUUAUAUCCAUCCUGUUUCUGGAAGUGAAAGGUUAACUGAAAAGUAGAUUCAUCCUUUAACUCCUAGAGGUUUCUGUCAUGAGAGACUUAUGAAACUGCUUAGUUUGGUCAGCUCUUUCAUUUUCAAGUAUUUCUCAAAUGCACCUUUUUACCUGGUCCUGUUCCAGGAGGGGGCGGAUUCAGUGGUGACCAAAACAUAGCAAGCCUGUGGUCCUGAGCAAAGAAAUGAAAAGUGGCUGGUAUUCCAGUGAUUGCUUUAUGCUCCUGCUCCUCUUGGUGAAACACAUGUGGUCUUGGGUUUUUAAUUGAUUUUUUUUUUAAAGAUUUAUUUAUGUAUACAAGAGCUGGGGUACAGGUCAGCGAUGCAGGGGUGAGAGGAUCCACCAGAGACAGAGUGGGGAGCAUAACAGGCAGGCAGACUGAAAUACACUGCCAAGUGGAGUAGCGGGCAAGAGAGGAGAGGUCUGCUGCGCCAUAUGGGUUGCUCCCUGGCCGGCCGGCAAUCAAACAUGUUAUGUAGAGGCUGUGGAUAGCUUCACAGUGCAGUGCUUAACCCCUUGCACCACCAGAGAGGCCCCCCUUUUUUAUUGAUUUAUGCAUACAAGAACUGGGGUAGAGGCCAGAGGUGUGGCGGGUGAGAGGAUUCACCAGAGACAGUGGGGAGCAGAACAGGUUCUGAAAUACACUGCAGAGGGGAACAGCCGGGAGACAGAAGAGGUCUGCUAUGCCAUGUGGAUCAGCUCCCCGGCUGGGGAUCAAACUCUUGCUGCAGUGGCUGUGCAUAGCUUCAUAGUGCUGAGACUAAACCCCUGUGCAACCAGGGAGACCUGGUCUUAGUUUUGUUGCAACAAGAGAAUACCAUAGCCUGAGUGGUUUGUAGGGACAAGUAUAUUUCUCACCCCUUUAGGCAUGGAGGUUUGUAUGAAAACCCCGAGACUUGCGGUUUUUCAAGGCCCUAUCUCCUGGUUCAUGGAAGACAUCCCCAGUGUCCUCACAUAGCGACAGUGUGGCAUGCUCUUUGCUGUGUCUUCCAAGAAGAAAAUAUUCCCUUUACGUGGGUUCCACCCUCUGACCUGGCCACCUCUCCCAAGUCCCACCUCAUAAAUUGUAUUUGAGAUUCUUGCAUCUUUGGGUUUUGGGGAAAACAAAUACUGAUUUCAUGGGAUAUACAGAAAAAUUGCUUCAAGGUUUAAUAAGAAUCUCCUGUCAGGGGACUUAUUUCCAGGGCGAAGGAUUCCCUGUAAGGGAUUUGGAACACCUGAAAGUCACGUGUUUUGUUCAUUUUCAUGUGUUGUUUUGCCAAGCAGACUACAAAAAAAA